GGGAGGGGAGAGGGUAGUGGGGGGAGCGGCGCGGGCGGAAGUGGCCGGGAAGGUCACUUCCGGCCUGGGCGUCCGUCCCCCUGACCCCAGGGUCUGAGUCGCCGCUGCCACCAUCCGCGAGGCAGGCGAGAGGAGGAGUGCGGCGCGGCGGCCCCGGACCGAGGAGGGACCCAGACAUGGAGCUGCGGGAAGAGGCCUGGUCUCCGGGGCCGCUGGACUCCGAGGACCAGCAAAUGGCCAGUCACGAGAACCCAGUGGACAUCCUCAUCAUGGAUGAGGAUGACGUCCCCAGCUGGCCCCCCACCAAGCUGUCCCCGCCUCCAACAGCGCCCCCUGCGGGGCCCCCACCCCGGCCGCGCCCACCAGCACCCUACAUCUGCAAUGAGUGUGGCAAGAGCUUUAGCCACUGGUCGAAGCUGACGCGCCACCAGCGCACGCACACGGGCGAGCGGCCGAACGCGUGCACCGACUGCGGCAAGACCUUCUCGCAGAGCUCUCACCUGGUGCAGCACCGCCGCAUCCACACGGGCGAGAAGCCCUACGCCUGCUCCGAGUGCGGCAAGCGCUUCAGCUGGAGCUCCAACCUCAUGCAGCACCAGCGCAUCCACACGGGCGAGAAGCCCUACGCCUGCCCCGACUGCGGCCGGAGCUUCACGCAGAGCAAGAGCCUGGCCAAGCACCGGCGCUCUCACAGCGGCCUCAAGCCCUUUGUAUGCCCGCGCUGUGGCCGCGGCUUCAGCCAGCCCAAGAGUCUGGCCCGCCACCUGCGGCUGCACCCUGAGCUCGCGGGCCCCGGCGUGGCGGCGCGCGUGCUGGCAGCCUCCGUGCGGCGAGCCCAGGCGCCUGAGGCGGCAGCGGCUGCAGACGGCGAGAUCGCCAUCCCGGUGGGCGACGGCGAGGGCAUCAUCGUGGUGGGCGCCCCGGGCGAGGGCGCGGGCGCGGCGGCUGUGGCCGUGGGUGGUGGAGGUGCCCGGGCUGCAGGGGCGCCAAGGUCUCGCCGAGCGCCUGCGCCUAAGCCCUACCUGUGCGCGGAGUGUGGGAAGGGCUUUGGCCACGCAGCGGGGCUGCUGGCGCACCAGCGCGCGCAGCAUGGCGACGGCCCAGGCGCCGCAGGCGGCGAGGAGCCUGCGCACAUCUGCGUGGAGUGUGGUGAGGGCUUUGUGCAGGGCGCAGCCCUGCGCAGGCACAAGCGCGUACACGCAGUGGGUGCCCCCACGAUCUGCGGCGGCUGUGGACAGAGCUUCUAUGGCGCAGGUGGCGAGGACGCAGAUGCGGACGCCGAGGACGGUGCGCCCCGCUGCCCUGAGUGUCGUACUGGGGAUGCCCGGUAGGGCCGGGGGUGCCCGGGGGCAGAGGGGACCCUCGGGCUGGUGUAGCAGAUGAGGCCGGAGACUAGAGAGACGGACCCAGGGCUGCGGUGGGCGAGGGCACCUGCCUGCCACAGCUGGAGACCACCUCGCUGGAGGCUGGCGGAACCGAGGGAAGAGGAAGGGGCCUUCCCCUCCCAGAUUUUCUUUUAAUCAUAUCCACCUUGUUGACCCUGUCCUCCAUUCUUUUUCCUUCCCUGCGCGUCUUAUCGAUUUUCUGGCCCAAGUCAUCCUCCCCUCCUGGAUUUGGGGUGUGCCGGGAGGGAAGCAGAACUAGCGCUUUCUCCCAGAGUGGCCUCCAUUCCAGGCAGGGGCCCUGACUGAGCGUGGUAGGCGAGGGUGCGUGACAAUAAAUGGCACUAUUGGUUGUC